GCAUAGAAGGCAGAGGUGUUAACCACUACACUAUCCCAACCACUUCUUAACACUUAAGAUCGUUUAUUGUUAAACCUGUUAGAAUGAACAGCAUGUCCUUUUUCCUGCAAAGGAGGGUUAUUUUAUUUUUACCUAAAAAUCUUAUUCUGUUUUGGAGCAGCAACAGGGCACUAACAAGAGGUCAUUCCCCAGGACCAGGGUUGGAAACCACUGCUGUACAGUGUCCAGUGUACAACAGAAGCCAUGUGCUGUACUACAGGACAGGGUAUUGACGCGCCAGUCAUCUACUUUGUUGACUACACCACCAACUGCAUUUUCCUCGAAGAGAUCAUCGACUCUGUCACUGUGAGGGAGCACAUCGCAUCAGCUCAGGCAUCCGGACAGAGCGUAGAAGCGCUCUACGGCCUGGCUGACACGAUCGGCUUCUGAAUGGCCGGUUCAUGAUUCCUCUGAUCUAUCUUGUUGCUGGUCAUCCUCGUCCUCGUUCACCAUCAACUGUCCUAAGCAUAACUGUCUUUUCCAGUGAACUGGUUCUUCUCAGAGCUGUUUUCAAAAUAAGAGCUUCGGUUUGAUUACCUGGGCUUCAAGUGAGAGGUGAGGUAAUUCAAUCAAUUUCAAUAAUACUCGAGUAACACAUCUUCCAAAAUAAUAAUAAGGUAUGGCUGCAAAGUACAAUUACUUAAGCAGUGAAAUAAAAUGCUCAGGUCAGUGUUGAAGGCCAGCAAUGCUUUACAGCCAAGUUCAAAGCCCAGGAGCUGAGAGAGAUUAAGAGCAGUGCAGAGUGGAGUUUGACCUCAAAGGAAGUGCCAGGAGCCGCUGCUGUUUGUCUCAGACAUGGCAGGAACCACUUCCACAAUCAGACAAUUGUGUGCCUUCACAGUCGUACUGCAUAUCAGCCUAAUGCACUUCCAUUCUGCAGGAGCUGCUCUGCACAGCUCUGUGGACACACAGCACGGCUUAGUCGGCACAGCUGUGACUCUGGGCUGCAGUUAUACUCUCCCCAGCACACAUGCAGAGAACAUCGACGUGUGGUGGAAAGUCUCCAAGAACGGCGUCUCUGAGACUUUAUUCGCCAGUCAGAAUGAUGCUGUAACCAAACGCACCAGAGGAUUUUCUGUAGACGAGGCUCGGCUCCUGAAAGGAGAUGCAUCUCUACAUGUGGAGAACACAACAAUCAGCGAUGAGGGAGUUUACUCAUGUGGUGUCAUCAUACAGCCUGACCAGUACGAUCGGACCGUCCACCUCAAACUGUCAGCUCGGCCUUUGGUUUCCCUGCCUGAAUUAGUCACAGUGAUGACCGGAGAGGAGAAAACCUUACGGUGUGACAUCACAAAGUUCUACCCAGAGCAGCUCAAAGUGACUUGGAAGACUGAAGCUGGCACAGAGUCGGCCCAGUGGGACGUCUGCACUGGAGUUCCGGUUCCUAACAGCGACGGCACGUUCAGCGUCAGCAGCCGUAUCACUGUGAAAGCAGAGAGACUGAAGAGUGAUGUCACCCUGUACGAGUGUCAGAUACAGCACAGGUCUUUCUCUGAGCUGUAUCGCCAGAGUGUAAGCGUGACAGUUGAAGCUCCGGUGCAGCCCUAUAACACUUUGGCUCUAAUCGCUGGAACAGUUAUAUCAAGUGUUUUCUUUACGGUUUUGGCCAUUGGAGGUGCAGUGAUGGUUUACAGGCACUUGCAUGCAGUGCCUCCUACAGUGUCUGAUAUAGUCAAACCUGACAUUAUUUACGCAAAGACACCAACCAAACUGAGCUGCACUGUCAGAGGAGUUCAACCUAAACACCUCAAAAUCCAGUGGUACAAAAAGCCAACCUGUAACAGCGGAGCAGCCGGCAUCACUGAAACAGAUCCUUUAAUAGGAAUGGAAGACCUGCAGGAUCUAACACAACUAGAGUCCGAGGAGAACGUCCACAUUUCUACUAUUACUCUUAAACUGACUGUAGAUGAUGACAACAGAGGAUACUGCUGUGUGGUUCACUGUGGCAAUAGGAAGAUCAUCAGAAACACAACAGUCAGAAUCCAAGUCCCACCAGACCUUCUGCAAAUAUCAAGCCAACCACAGAUCCCCAAACUAGGUCAGCCUCUGGUCCUGUGCUGUCGAAUUGAGAAGUUUUACCCAGAAGAUGUCAGGCUGGAGUGGCACAGGCAGGGCACAGAGCUGCUACAGCCUGCCACCCAGUUUGGUCCAUUCUCUGACCACGAGAAGAUGUACAGCCUGUGGAGCAAGACCGAGCUAAUGGUGGCUAGUGUGGCUAUUGGAACAGUUUGUACUUGCAGAGUCUACCACAGCAGCUUCCCCGCACCGUUCUAUAAAGAUGUUCCCUAUCACAUCAACACAGAUGGUCAGCCCCCAAAUGUGGCGUUCAUCAAAUGUGACCCUCUGCAGCCUCAGUUAGGAACAGAAUGUACGCUGAACCUGUGCGUGAAGGAUUUCUGCCCGGAUCCCGUCACGAUAACCUGGUUUCAGGAUGGAGAAAAGAUCUCUGAUGGUGCCUUUGACUCCCCGGCUAGUCUUAAUGUGAACGGUCUUUACUCAAUGUGGACUUUUCUCAAACUGACCCCCUCCAAACAGAACCUCAGCUCAGCGUUCAAAUGUGUGGUGGAGCACAGCGCUCAAACUGAACCAGAGGAGAGACAGUUCACCCUGGCACAUUUAAUGAAAGUGUGAGAGAUACUACUGUAUACUACUGUGAAAUACACUACUGUUACUUAGCAACAGGAAGACAGAAGCUCUAAGAAAAAAAGGCAGUGCAGUGCAUCUCACGUUUUUCGUACAUACAGCUGCCCGAAUCAUCCCCAAAUAUUGCAGACAACAGUGUUUCUUCUGAAAUGUGAGGGUAUUAAUAGUGAGCUUGUGCUGCACUAAAAGCCUCUAUUCUUUUGGGAAGGCUUUAUACUAUAUGUUGGAACAUUGCUGUGAGGAUUUGAUUGAGCAUAAGUGAGGUCAGGUACUGAUGUUGGAUGGUCAGUUCUGGAUCACUCCGACUCAUCCCAAAGGUA